ACUGAAACGCACUUAAAGACAAGUCAUAUUCCCAUUAUCCCACGAUCAUCAUCAGCACAGAAACAAAACAAAAAUAACAACUCCCCUGUUUCUCUCUCUACACAACAUAACCCACGUUCCUCACCCCCCAUUAAACCCCGUUACUUAACUCCCAUCAAAAUUAAACGAAAAAACUUGAUAAAAAAAGGAACAAGAAAAAGACAAGAAUUGCGAUGAGAGGAGGAACAGAUAUUGAAAGUAGGGGAGGAGAAAAAGACAGGGCAACCAAUUAUGCUGUUGUUCAAGACAGAGACACAACAUGGAUUUCUUGGUUAAUCCCUUUGUUUGUGGUGGUUAACGUUGUUAUGUUUGUUGUUGUUAUGUAUUUCAACAAUUGUCCUAAGCAUGAUGAUUCGGGCGGGAGUUGUGUUGCUAGGUUUCUUGGAAGGUUUUCUUUUCAGCCUUUGAGAGAAAAUCCUCUCUUUGGUCCUUCUUCUUCAACGUUACAGAGGCUGGGUGGUCUUGAAUGGAAUAAAGUGGUCCAUCAACAUCAAGGAUGGAGGCUUAUCACGUGUAUCUGGUUACAUGCUGGUGUUGUUCAUCUGAUCGCAAAUAUGUUGAGUCUUGUUAUUAUUGGCAUACGCCUUGAACAGCAAUGUGGCUUUGCACGCAUUGGAAUUAUAUACUUAUUAACUGGCAUUGGUGGGAGCAUACUUUCUUCCUUGUUUAUCCAGGGGAGUAUCUCUGUUGGUGCUUCGGGGGCACUCUUUGGCCUACUUGGAGCUAUGCUUUCAGAGCUUAUCACGAACUGGUCAAUUUACACCAACAAGGUUUGUGCACUCUUGACGCUUUUGGUGAUAGUUGCCAUUAACUUGGCAGUUGGAAUCUUGCCUCAUGUGGAUAAUUUUGCUCACAUUGGUGGAUUCUUGACUGGAUUUCUCCUUGGCUUUGUUCUGCUUCCACGCCCUCAACUUGGGUGGAUGGAACGUCGGAGUCGUCCAGCUGGUGUUCGUGUGAAUUCCAAAUACAAGGCUCACCAAUACAUACUGGGACUGAUUUCUCUGGUUCUGUUAGUAGCAUGGUUUACAGUCGGACUGGUGAUGCUGUUCCGAGGGGUUAAUGGAUAUGAUCACUGCCAUUGGUGCCACUAUCUCAGCUGUGUUCCCACAUCUAGAUGGAAGUGUGAUGGAAACUAGAGAUGCUUCAGUUCGGCUUGAAGAAUUUUCCACUUUGGCCAGUAAAGCAGUCGUUAAAUCAUUAGUUUCUUUUAGCAUGUUUUCUUCUUUUUAGUUUUUACCACUAGAUAGCUAGAUUUAGUUCAUGUCUUAUAGAACUGUAUCAUUUACGGUUUUCCCCCUACAAAUCAGAUGAUUCGUAGUAGAUAAUUCUUGUUGAUAGUUUUGCCUUGGAUUAAUUAGAUUGCUUUUGAGAUUUGCCUUC